UGAAAUCUUCAGUGGCAUCUAACUCUAGAGUUGAAAUCUUGAGUGGACAUAUAUCUGUAGAGUUGAAAUCUUGAGUGACAUAUAUCUCUAGAGUUGAAAUCUUGAGUGACAUAUAUCUCUAGAGUUGAAAUCUUCAGUGGCAUCUAACUCUGGAGUUGGAAUCUUGAGUGGCAUAAUCUCUUGAGUUGAAAUCUUCAUUGGAAGCUACCUCUGUUGUUACAACUUUAUUGUGACUGGUACCGUGUCUAUAGAAUGAUGCCUAUAGCGAGACUCGCGAUUCUGUGCCUGACAUCCAUCUUGUGGGUGUCGGCACCCCCAGGGUGUGAUGGCCAGUUGAUAGAACUGAACUACGCCACCGGCUUCAACUACAGCUCGCCUAUCUACUGCACCACCUCGCUACCUGCCACCGACUGCAAGAUGUCGGCAUGCUACUGGUCAGGGUCAAGGUCAUAUUGCUGCAUGGCUGUCUUUAAAUCAGCUACUGGUGUAUCGUACAACCAGUGUAGAUGUAGCACCAAUGUCAACUGUGCAGUUGCAACAGCAGCAAUGCCGACAUCAACGACAACAGAAACGACAUCUACUACAACAACCACAACAACACCCGCACCAACCACAACAACUACCGUACCAAUUACAACAACUACCACACCAACGACAAGAACUACUGCACCAACAACAACAACGACCAAACCAAUCACAUCAACCACAACACCGACUUCAACCACAACACCAAUCACAACAACCACCAAACCAACAGUAACUACUACCAAACUUGUCCCAACAACCACAACGCCAAUCACAACCACCAAAACAACAGUAACUACUACCAAACUCGUCCCAACAACCACAACGCCAAUCACAACCACCAAAACAACAGUAACUACUAUCAAACUCGUCCCAACAACCACAACGCCAACUUCGACCACUAUAACAAGUUCACCAACCACGACAACUACCACACCUACCACAACACCUUCUACAAUAUCUACUACAUCUAACAUACCAACAAAAACAGCUACCACAUCAACUGCUACAACUACUUUACCAACUAAAUCAGACAGCACAGCAACUACAAAACCUCAAUCUACAACCCUUCCGACAACGGUUAAACUUUCUUCAUCAACGACAACAACAACGACAACCACCACACCAACAACUACAACAGACACACCACCAGCAACAACAACUACUACUAAGCUCUCUUCACCAACAGCAACCACAAAAACCACAUCAACAACAGCUAAACCUUCCACACCCACUUCGCCUAUAAUCACCGCAUCAACCACAACUAAACUUACCACACCAACCAUAUCCACAACUUCAACUUCAACACCAACUAAAACGCCAACGCUGACCACAAUUUUAUCAGCUUCAUCAACAACCAUAAAACAAAUCUCUACCACACCAUCCAAAGAUUCCACCACAACUCCCGCCACCACAGUCUCAUCAUCAACAACACCAACCACCGCCCUAUUUUACUACGACAAGUCAUUCUAUUGCCCCACCCCGUUCCCAACCAAAAUCACCAAAGAGUGCGCUAGCGCUGACCCAUGUUACAUAUCAACAUCCAGGGACAAAUGCUGCAUGAGCGCAACCUCCAUGUAUGUCCAAUACUGGGGAUCUAAUGAGACCACCCUUGAAGUAAUCAACCACUGCAACUGUGCGAGCGAAGUUGUCUGCGAUGAAAUGCCAACUUUUGUGAAAAUGUUAUCGAGGGCAUGGUUCGGUCUAGUACUGGUCAUCGUGUGGUCAUCACAUGAAGUAUGCAGCGGUCAACAGAUUACACUGGACACCAGCACUGGCUUCAACUACUCCACCCCCAUCUACUGCACGACGGCCGUGUCUGACUACAGCAACUGUGUACCGUCUCUGUGUUACUGGUCGGUGUCUAGACCUAGCUGCUGUAUGGCGCUGUUGCUGGUAAAUGGAGUGACGGUAAGACAAUGUAAAUGUAGUGCUGCUGUCAACUGUCAGCCAACAACAACAACGACAACAACCACUACCACAACGCCAACGACAACCACAACCACAACACCCACAACCACGACAACCAAAUCGUCAACGACAACAAAAACAACCACAACCACCACCAUGUCGACAACCACCACGCCCUACCUGAAGGAGACACCCAACUACUGCACCACUUCAACACAACUCAAAUGGAUCGUCUGCUCGGGAUUCGUUCCCUGCUUCAAUUCCUCGACCAUCCAAACAUGUUGCCUGAGAAUCAGCAGAGACGCGACGAAUGUCCUAGUAGACGAGUGCCAUUGUGACACGAACAAAACGUGUAUCAAGUCCAACGCCCCUGCCCUGCCCCCUACACCACCACCCACCACCCAGACAACCACACCCACGUUACCAGCAUCUAGUAGUACCACUUCAGCCAGCAGCACCACGUCAGUCAGCACCACAACAGCCAGCACCACCACAUUACCGACUACCACCACCCCAUCACCACUCAGUACAGAGCCACUCUACUGCACCCUCACCAGUUCGACUACUCAACCGAUAGUGUGCGUCGAUCAAGUCCCCUGCUUUAACACCACGACAAGAAACGAAUGUUGUCUUGAGACGACUCGAAUAAGGAUCGUCGACCCUGAUGGUUCAGUCCGCUACGGGUUACAGAAUACCUGCCGAUGCUCUCCCUUGGUCCGCUGUGGCUAAACAAAUACAGACACAAAUUCCGGUGUUGAAAUCAUUAAAGAAAUUGCCUAAAGUAUUACUGUCAUUUUCUUUUAUUAAUGUUCUAAUUUUUUUUUAAAGCAUGUC